CCGGCAAGAGUCCUUCCUCUCUGUAACCCCGGCGUGGAGAACAUGGCGCCAUUAAAAGACAAACGCUCCAAGAAGGUGGUGUGCCGGUUCACCCUGGAUUUAACCCACCCGGUGGAAGAUGGCAUCUUCGAUUCUGUGAACUUUGAACAAUUUCUCAAGGAGAAGGUGAAAGUCAAUGGAAAAACUGGAAACCUUGGCAACAUUGUUCGUAUUGAACGUCUAAAGAACAAGAUCACCGUUGUUUCUGAGAAACAGUUUUCUAAAAGGUACCUGAAGUAUCUUACAAAGAAAUACCUAAAGAAAAAUAACUUGCGUGAUUGGCUUCGUGUGGUUGCAUCUGACAAAGAAACAUAUGAGCUCCGUUAUUUCCAGAUCAGCCAGGAGGAUGAAGAGUCAGAAUCAGAAGAUUAAAGUGGCUUUCUUAUUGAAAUAAAACUUUAAAAGUA